AUGCCUGGGGACACUGUGGAACCAGGCUUGGACUUCAGGCUUCAUGUCCGCUGCGUCGUCAGCACCAUGGACUUCCUGCCCACUUAGACAUCAUCCACCUUCCUGCCUCCAUCUCCUGCUCCUGGGACCCAGUCCAGCUCCCUGAAGCUCGAACUGAGAUCACCAAGGGUAGGCUCCUACCACAGGGAGGGGGCACGAUUCUAUAAUGAGGCUGCUCUGAGAACCUGUUUGGGGAGCACAGCCCGUAGGCCGGUCCUGGAGUUGCACUGGCAUUGGGCCGGUCCCAGUGUCUGCCCCUUCCUGCAGCCCCAGUGGCCCAUCCUCCCACAGGGAUGUCCUUUCAAAGGCAACAGCAACAGAACCCAACUGGCAGCCUUGGAUGGGGCAGCCCUGCCCUUCUGCUCUCACUACCAGGGUGUUGCUGUUACCACCUUUGUGCUCCUAAACUCAGGUUCCCAAAGAACCCCCAGAGUCUUGUGCCUGGCCCCAUCCGGUGGUGGUGAUCCUCAGGUCACUGCAGUGAUAUUGCCAGGGCCCCAGGACAUCAUGAGCUCUUCAGGGCCAGUGGGCUUUGAGGACUCAUAUGGGCAGGAGCCCAUGCUGGACCCAUGGGAGUGGGACUUGUGCAUGGGCUCCUCAGCAGUUACACCAGCCUGUCUUCUCCUGUGGGUGGUCCCUUUGCUGCUGGCUGCUGCCCUCGUCCUAGGGUUUGAUGUCUUUGUGGGCCUGAGCCAGACCUGGGCCCAGAAGCUUCAGGAAGACAACAGAGAAUAG